UUGUGUAUUGAGAAAGGUGUAUUUGAAAAUACCUCCCUGUUCAAUGCUCUGACUUCAAAUAACUUUUUGGCUGUAUAUCAGACAUUUUCAAAGAAUAUUGCUAUUAAAUGUUAUGAAAAUGCAGAAAAAGAAGUAAACGAGUUUAAGACUAAACAG